AUGAACUUAUCAGCAGUACCAAACUCGAUCCCGUUUUCAGCUAGUGAUGUGCUUCCAGUCUUGACGUUGACUUCGAAGCUCACUUUGAAAACUCGUUUCGAAGCACCAAAUUCUCCAAGCUGGAUCCGUUUGGUGAAUGCUUCAGGAAGCAUGGCCACUCCAGUGUUCGAUGAGCCAACAUCCGGCAGGUACAAAGUGGAGCCCCGAUCCAACUGCGGCGGCACUUGUGCCAUAGAGUCAAAUUCUCCGAAGAUAGCCUUUCCCAUACUAAGCCAGCUAUAUUGGUCCUUCAGGUUAAGAAUAUCAGAGAUCUUGGAAUGGACGGUUGAUAGUUUUGUUUUCACAGGUAUAUCUUCCCUGACUUUCAAAAGCUUGAAGAAAUGGUCUAGGUUGAUGCUUUCACAAGCACGUAAAAUGUCUGAGAAUGUAUAA